AUGUCGGGUGACAACUUCGCCGCCGCGCAGUCGCGCCUCGCCUCAGUCCUAGAGGAGGGCGUGCGGGCCGACGGGCUGGCGGGCGCCGCCUUUGUCGACAGCGUUGUCGCCGCCGUCAGGGGCGCGGGCGCAAGCAGCGGCGAGGCGGCGACGAGCGGCGCAGAGGGGGCCAACGGCGCGGCGGCCAAGGCGGAGCCGCUCGACGCGGAGGAGCGGGGCACGCUCGAGCUGUCGAUGCGCAUCUUCCUCGAGCGCAAGGCGGCGGACCUGAACACGCCGUUCGCGUUGAUGGAGGACCUCUUCGACUCGCAGGUCAUCUCCGAAUCGGAGGCGCUCUUCCCGCAGAUCGAGCAGCGCGGCGCGGCGCUCGCCAAGCUGAUGCGCUCGACCAACAACCGCGCCAAGCUGACCUUCAUCCGCACCUGCAACGAGCUGCUCCGCCGGCUCUCAAAGUCGAAGAACACCAACUUUUGCGGGCGCGUGCUGCUGCUCAUGGCGUACAUGCUCCCGCUCUCGGAGCGCUCCGGCGUCAACCUCAAGGGCGCGAUGGCCCCCUCCGACCUCGAGCUCCAGCCCGACGAGGCGGCAGACGACAAGCAGGAGGGGAGCGCGGCGGAGGACGGGUCGCUGUACGCCUCCUUCUGGGGGCUGCAGGCCGCCUUCGCCGACCCCGCCGCCGCCGUCAAGCCAGAGUCAUGGGCCACUCUCGUCUCGCGCCUCGAGACCGCUGCGCCCGCCGACCCAUCUCCGGGUGGCGACGAGGCGGCGGCCGCCAGCGGGGGCGAGGGCGAGGACGCGGAGAUGGAGGAGGCGGCGCACGAGAUGGGGCGCGAGGACGUACCAGCGGGGGGCAUUUACUACGUUUACGAAAACAAACUAGUCGCGAGCUGGGUUGCCUCAAAGACCCCUUUUGGAAAACCGUACGUCGCGACAAAAAUUCUGACGAUGCACGCGCCCCAAAAAGCGGCGGCAAAAAGCGCGUGGCCGCAGCGCGACGCGGGCCUGAUCAGGACGAAGAAAGCCGACUGGCGGCUCGUCGCAGCGGCGCAGGCCAUGCUCCACGGCGCUCACUCAGAUGAGUUCGCCGCGGCCGAGGCGAUGGGAAAGCCGAUAAAGCAGCGGAGCAAGGUCUCGAACUGGUUGGACAAGCUCCGCGAACUCGAGCGGAUGCGCGCGGCGCCGCGCAGCCAGCCCGGGAGCGGCGGAUCGGCGGCGGGCAGCAGCUUGCUCGUGCAGCCUGGCUGGGUUGACGAGCACGCACCGGGCGUGCAGCAGCUGAGCGUGUCGGCGCUGGUCGUUUCGCCCGGCAAGCAGCACGCGACGCGCUCGAUCAGCGCGGUCGUGACGACGCCGCUCGGCACGAAGCGCCCGGCCAGCGCGACGGUCGACUACACGCUGCCACCCGACGGCGAGCCGGCGAGCGCUGCAAAGCGGCGCGACGACCGGCACCGCAAGCGCGAGGAGCGCAAGAUCAGGUCAAUGGAUUUGAGCGCAGCAGCGCAGGCCCACGCAGAGGCCGAGGCUGGCCGCCAACGCGCGCUGCGCGAGAGCGGUCGUGAGGAUCGUGUGCAGCAGCGCGAGGUGAGCUUCGUCCUGGACAGGAUUAUCCGCCGCCUUGAGCGCCAAGUGCAAGCUGAGGAGCGGGUCCAGCGGCGUGAGCUGUUUGUGUGGAGCUGCCCCGCAGGCUGCGGGCCUCAAGCGGCCGACUGCGGCCGCUUGAUAUUUCGCCGCCAGUGCAUGCCCACAGCUGACAGCAUCCGCCGGAAACAGCUGUUCAUUUUGCGCAGUGACCUGCUCGACCGUGAUUCUGGCCUUCUCGGCCUCGGUGACUUCCGCAGCAUCGGCGGGCACUCAUUUUUGAAGAAGAAGCAGUGGGAGCUCUUCUGUCAGCAGGAGCAGACCGCGUCCGAGUUUCUCCCGGGCGUAGACGACAUCCUCAGCGACUCGGAGGUCGCCGAGAUCCAGAGCGACUUCCUCUCGCUGUGGGACGGCAAGGUGCAGUCUCGCUGUGGGCCUCAAAUUCACUUUUCCAACUGGCUCAGCCGCUACCUUGAGAACGGCGAGGUGGUGACUGGCAACUACGAGUACCGCGGGCGCACAAUCGAGAUUGUCUACCCCGACCAGUUUGGAGACCAUCUCCCAGUCGGCGCGCCGGCGUGCGCACGGCGGGGCUGCUCCGGCUGCUGCUACUGCAAGGGCGUGCCUUUGCCCGUCAUGCUCGAGGUCGACAUCUGGUUCCGGCCAGGAGUGGGCUGGCAUACAGGGUACGGGCGUACGGAUGAGCCGCCCCGCUACUCCAUUCGGAGAUGGAUGAGCUUGGGCGAGCUCAAGCGGCAGCUCGACAAAGUGGUGAGCAGUCAACCCGAGCCGCCGCGCUGCAGGGAGCCUGUGCCUGCCUACUUGCUCAACCGCCGGGAGGACGUGCGCGAGCCACCGAAGCAGCGCGGCGUGGUCUGCUUGCCGGGUCGGCUGCGUAGGCUUCUCUCCCCCUCAGAGGUGGCUGCGUCGCUUGCUGCAGUUGGGGUGCAUCUCGUGCUUCUUGAAGGCGACUCACGCGCACUCGAGCCGACGCCGGAGGAGAGUGCGCUCCUCGAAGCUCACCGUGCCAUGUGCACAGAGGAGGGCUCGGUGGAGGAGGCGAGAGCGGAGAAGCGUCUGGCGGAGAACGACGAGCGACGUGGAUGGGAAAUUCAAAGUGAAUUUGAGGCCCGGCGAGGCUGCGGGCAGCGGCUGCGCCGGCCCCUCGACCCUCGAGCGAGGCCUCGCCGCGGGGACCUGGUCUACCUUUCGCCUACCUCGACGCAGUCCGAGCCCACCGUCGCCGCCGUCCUCGCCGUCCACAACACCUCCGACCUCAUCCCACACCACGUGACUGGCAUGGAUCUCAUGGUCUGGGACCCGGACCGCCUCACCUUCAAACCGAGAGAGCACAGGGAGCACCCGGGCGCGACGACGACGCGGCCGCAGAGCAUGAGGAUCGCGGUGGAGAUGAGGACGGCACCAGCGUAG